GGCAGUUCCGUGAAUGGGGAGAGAGAACUGGAGUAACCUGCGAUCAUGAGAGCCCUGAGCUGCCUCGCCUGCCUGCUGCUGGCCCCUCCUGGCCCAGCCCUCGCCCGGCCACGGAGGAGAAACGGGUCACAUCUGGACAGCAAGCAAGCAGUGGACUGGGGUCAGGCAGAAAGCCAGUGGAGCGAGCAGGGUGGCCUGUUUACAGGGAGCCGUGAGCUGAUCUGGGUGUCCUACUUUGGGGACAGUUUCUGCACGAUACAAGCCAUUCAAGAUGUCUCCACGUUCCAGCUUUCGCUGCAGUUCAAGACCAGCCGACGCAGUGGCCUCCUCCUUCUGGCGGGUGGUGUUCAUGAUUACCUGGCCCUGGAGCUUCAUAAUGGUCGGCUACAGGUGCGAAUGGACAUGGGAUCUGGCCAGGUGAAACUGGAAUCCUCCCUCGGUCUUCAGCUGAACAACCUUGUGGAGCAUAAUGUGGCAGUGUCCCUGGAGGAGUCUAGGCUUACCAUGGUGGUUGAUGAGCUUUACAGCACCUUCUUACCCAUCCCCAACUCCCAGGAUGUCUUCAACAUCGACCUCGGAUUCCACCUGGGGGGCUCAGGUAACCAGGAGGCCCCCUACCUGGACAGUUCUAUCCCACCUCUGAGGGGAUGCAUCAGCAAUGUCAGGUUUGAGUCGCACCACUUUGACAUACUGGAAUCAAGUCAUAAGUCAUGCCAGGACAUCAAGGAGGGAUGCAGUGCUGAGUUUGAGGCUGGAGACGGGGAGGCAAUCAGCUUCAUCAGCCCGGACUCCUUUGUCUCCUUUCCAUCCUGGAGUGCGGCCAAGCCACGGACUCUGGAGCUCCUCAUGAAGACCACCAUUGAAGAAGCUCUUUUGGUUUUCCAUGCUGGCCACCAAACAGACUUUAUAGCUAUAUGUGUAGCAGCAGGAUAUCUGAAAGGGGUGGUGAACCUUGGCAGUGGACCGAUCGUUCUUGACAACCCCUUGGUACAGUUGGAUGAUGAUCAGUGGCACAGGAUAAGGGUUGAGAUUGUGGAGAACAGCUUUGAUUUGAUCGUGGACAGCCAGAGGUUCUCAGUCCCUCUGAGUGGUUUAGACAGCUUGGACCUCAAAGGCAACUUGUACUUUGGAGGUCUGGAGGCAAAGUUGAAGGAGGAAUUGCAGGAAAGUGGGUUAUUGACCCGCUUAGAGGAGGAAAUCAGCUCAGAGUCCUUCAUUGGCUGUUUGGGAGAGAUGAAGGUGAACAACCACGAAUGGAACUUGCAGAAUGCCUUGGUGACCAAAGAUGUUCACGUGAAAUGUGAGGGAGAGGAUUAUGACUACUCAAGCUACUAUGAGACGAAUGACUUAAUAACAACCCCCACCCCCCUGGUGAAUGUCCCGUAUGUUGAUGUCAGCACCAAUGAGCAGCACUGCCACCCAACGGACGACACACCAGAAAUAUUCCGCAACAUCACCAAGCUCAUCAACGUCACAACCUUACACGUUCCUGAAGCUGGAGAAACCUUUUUGGAGCUACGCCACCUCAACCCCACUCUGGACUUGAAUAAGGUGGGACUCAGGCACUCCCAGAUCAUCUUCACCCUUCAGAAUGAUCCUUGGUACGGCGUGGUCGACAUGAAUACAAAUAAUAAGAAGACAAAAAAGUUUACCCUCCUGGAUAUAGUUAACCAAAAGAUCAAGUACAUCCACGAUGGAAAUGAGAAGAAUGGGGACCAGAUUCAGCUGGAGGUCAUCGCGCUUGGUCAGAACAACCUCCCGGACUGCCUGAAAAACCCCCACCUGUAUGUUGUCCCAGUUGAGAUCAUACCCGUUAACGAUGUGCCUCAGGUCAGUGGGGCUCAUAUCUCAAUCGUAGAGUAUGGGCGCACUCGUUUGGGCCCUGGGCUGAUCAAGAUUGUGGACUCUGACACACGCUGUGAUGAACUGAAAAUCACUAUCAUCUCCAAGCCCAGUGCCGAAGAAGGCUACUUGGAGAACACCCAGCGACCAGGAAAGAGCGUAGAGGAGUUCACCUGUCAACAGCUGAAAGACGGGAACAUUUAUUACGUCCACAGAGGUGGGGCGACUGCAAGACUGGUCCUUCAGGUGUCGGAUGGACAGUCGGUCAGCCAGGCAACAACUUUCAACCUCCUUGCCACUCCCCCACAGUUGGACCUGGUCACAAACACUGGGUUCCUCCUGGCACAGGGAAGCUAUGCAUUCAUUGGCAUCCAGAACCUAGCAGUGUCUGCCAUUCCCAGGAAUGGGGAUAUUGUGUACAAUCUGACGCAACCUCUACAGUUCGGGGAGCUGCAGAUGCUAGUGAGCAAUGGCCUGGUGAAGCGAGUCACAACUUUCCGACAGUCUGACCUGGAGCAGAAUGCACUUAGGUAUGUCAGCAUGGACUCAAGUAGCCGUGAUGAUGCAGCAGUUGAGCUUAUUCACUUUGAUGUGCACCUGGGACAGCAGACACUGCCAGACAAUACCUUUAUCAUUAAGGUCACGCCCUCUGAUAUCAAAAUGGCUGCAAUGGUCCCUCUGGAGAUCAGGAAGGGGGACCAGAAGGUGAUAAAACAAGAACUUGAAGCUGUAAUGAAAGGCAGAAACGUGGCUCCAGAAUCAAUGAUGUACACCCUUGUUAAGCCUCCAAAUCUGGGCACUUUGCAGCUGCUCGGUAGAGAGCUGGCAGAGGGAGACAGCUUCACACAGCAGGACCUCAUGGACUCUUCCCUCAGCUAUCAUGUGAGAGUCCGUAGAACUACUGACAUGGAGGAUGAGUUCCAGUUCAGAGUAUCUGCAGAUAACAAACUGUCACCUGUUUACACAUACCCGAUAAAGAUCCUGGCUGACCCAGACGUCCCAUCUCUGACUAAUGAAAGGUUUGUGGUUCUGGAAGGUGGAGAGAACACCCUGAACAAGGAUUAUCUGUGGAUGCAGACUAGGAACACAACCAAUUUUGUGUACAGGGUGAUCAAGGACCCACUCCAUGGUCGUCUCAUUAGGGAGUCCCCACCAGGAGAGCCUCGUUUUGAUGGGGCCAUCAAAGUCUUCAGCAAUGAGGACCUGCUGCUGGACAGGCUCAUCUACCAGCAUGAUGGAUCUGAGAACUCUGAGGAUGAGUUCACCUUCCUUACCUUCAUUCCUGGCCGAGAGCAGGGCGCCAUCACUGGUGUCUUCCGGAUAUCUGUGCAGUCCAGCAAUGACCACGUUCCCGUACGGGUUGUGGACAAGAUCUUCAAUGUGGCGCGGAACGGACAGCGUCUGUUGACGACUGAUGACAUUCAGUUCAGGGAUGAGGACUCUGGCUUCAACGAAAGUCAGCUGGUCUACAUGCGUGCGGGAAUACUGUCGGGGAACAUCGUCUCUGCCCUGGAUGCCCAACCUCUCUUUCGUUUCACCCAGGCUGACCUGAGGGAAAAGAGGGUCCUCUUCGUGCACCAUGGGGCGGACCGUGAGAAGUUCCAGCUGCAGGUCUCCGAUGGCCUUCAUAAAACCACGGCGCUGCUGGAGAUCCAAGCCAGCGACCCCUAUCUCCGCAUUGUGAACAACACCAUAGUCAUCAUCGACAGUGGCAGCACAAAGACCCUCAACACCAGCCUGCUGAGCGCCGAGUCCAACGCCGACAUUAGGAACCCCAGUGAGAUCAAGUAUGAGGUGACUUCAACCCCCAUGGAUGGGGCGAUCAUCGUCAGUGGAAUAGAGGCAUCUUCCUUCACCCAGGAAGACUUGAGAAAAGGCGUUGUGUCCUAUCAACACCACGUCAGGAGCCUGAAAUCCAAAGACUCCUUCGCUUUCACAGUGCAGGCCAAGGGUCUGUCCCAGGUGGGCAACUUCAGGAUCAAGAUAUUCAAACAAGGAUACCUGUCAGAACCGGAUGUUAUCGCCAAUGAUGUCAUCAUCUCUUAUGAAGGGGAGCACACGCAAAUAGACCAGGAUCAUCUCAGAGUGGAGCAGACGGACAUCUUCCCAUCUGAGAUGGUGUACACCAUCAAAGAGCUGCCCCACCUGGGCCACAUCGUCAUGGCCGACAACGGCUCCGCCCCAGACUACGUGCGCUCGUUCUCCCAGGAGGACAUCAACCAGGGGCGCGUGCUCUACGUGUCCGCUGCUGUCCCGGGCUCGGACGUCUUCACCGUGGACGUCAGCAAUGGCUUCACCACAGUGGAGGACCUGCAGGUGUCCGUGCGCAUCGUCCCCGGAAUGAUCCCUGUGCGGGCCCUCAACUUCACCCUCCGGGAGGGUGGUGGUGUAGCCCUGUCCCCGGACGUCCUCAACAUCUCCCACCCCUUCUACAGCUCCGCCAACAUCGACUUUGUCGUGGAGACCGCACCCCAGCAUGGGAGCAUUCGCUACCUGGACGGAGAUGAUGAUGACCUGAGCUUCUUCACUUGGGAUGAGGUGAAACAAGGACUCAUCUACUACCUGCAUGACAGUUCAGAGACUAUGGAGGACAACUUCACCCUCUCUGCUUCCGCCUUUGAGAUCGAGAGAAGCAGCUCUUACUUCACCGUUGUCAUCACCAUCCUGCCGGUCAACGACGAGCCACCGAAACUGGUCCAAAACACCGGCCUGGAGCUCCUCUCAGGAGAAGAUGCUGAAAUCACAGCCAACUUGCUAUAUACUGAUGAUAUGGACACCCCUCCCGAGGAGUUGGUUUAUUCCAUCGACGAGAUAUCCAAUGGGAUUGUGGCGCUCAGAGUGUCACCCGGAGACAGCAUUGAAAACUUCACCCAGGCACAGAUUAACAGCGGGGAGGUGGUAUUUAUACACAAAGGUGGCCCGUCAGGGGGGUUCGCCUUCACAGUGACAGACGGAGAGCACACGUCCCCUCUGUAUCAUUUCCUGGUCACAGCCAGACCGCUCACCAUCUCCAUGGAUAAGCAGGAGGAGCUUAUAGUGUUCCCAGGCACACGGCAGCCAAUCACAAGUGAGAUCCUGAAAGCAACGACCAAUGAGGACGGAGAUGAGAUAACGUACUCGAUCCUGAAGGCCCCUCGCCUCGGCAGGCUUAUCUCAGCCAAUCAGAAAAACCAGUUUCAGGAAAUCUCCACAUUCUCCCAGGCGGAGCUGGACUCAGGGUCCAUCUUCUACGAGCACCAGAUGCCCGAGGAGCCUUUCUGGGAGGUGCGGGACUCCGUGGAGCUCCUGCUGUCCUCCAGCCCAGCCCAGGACCUGGAGCUCACCCUCCCCAUCACGGUGUCCUUCUACGCCGCCGACCGCAACUCCUCCACAAAGCUCUGGAGAAACGCAGGUCUUGACCUUCUGAGUGGCCAGAAGAAGGUGAUUGACAGCUCCAAACUGGACGCCUCCAACCUGCUGGCCAGUGAGCCGGAGUCGGGGCAGGGCUCCAAGGGCGUGGUGUACGAGGUGACCGACUUCCCGUCCCACGGGACGCUGAUGCUGGGUGACGUGGCGUUGCCCAAAGACACGCCAUACUUCCUGCAAGAGGAUGUAGACAAGGGGGACCUGGGGUACGCCCACCGGGGAGACCCCGAGCCCCGGUCUGACAGCUUCUCCUUCCGUGCGUGGCUCAACCCGAGCGGGCGGGGCCCCCAGACCCCGGGGCCGUCAGCCGUGGUCGUCGAGGAGCCGUUCCGCAUCAAGGUUUUGGGCGGGAGCGGAGCCCCCACCACGAGGCCCGCACUGGUAAGCGUGGACCUUCUUCUGGAGGUCCUCCAAGGCUCCUCGGCCCUGCUCACGCCCCAGCUCCUCAGUGUGGCGGACCAGGGCAGCCCUCCCGCCCAGAUUGUCUUCACCAUCACCCGCCCCCCUGCCAACGGCCGGCUGGUCCACACAGAGACCGGCGCCCCCGUGGAGACCUUCACCCAGGAGGACCUCAACGCCGGCCGGGUGACCUUUCUCAGCGACGGGAGCCUGAACAACGGCUUCCUGGAGUUCAACGUGUCGGACGGCGGCCGCCGCGCCGAGUCCCACGCCCUGCACAUUGGGGUGCUGGCCCGCGCCCUGCGGCUCGCCCUGGCCCCGGAGAUCCAGGUGCGGCAGGGGGACGACGAGACGCUGGUGACCGAGGCCAUGCUGAAGGCGUCCACGGGCGGCCCCAGCGAGGAGGAGGUCAUCUACAAGAUCACCAACUCGCCCGAGUUCGCCGCCGUCAUGGUGGACCGCCAGCCCACCUCCGCCUUCACCCAGCGGCAGAUCCGGGAGGGCCGGGUCAGCGUGCGCUUCGUCAGGUCCACCUCCCCGCGGGACUGCGUGGCCCUGCUGGCCCGUAGCCGGGCCGCCAACGCGUCCGCCUUGCUCAACAUCACCGCGGCCCCCCUGGUGACCCUGCCCCCGACCCCGCCCCUCCUGCCCCGCGCCACCACCGUCAGGGUGGAGCCCGGCCUGCUGGACGCCUCCGCGCUGGCCAAUAAGACGGCGGCAGUGCCCGCCUUCAAGAUCACCCGCCAGCCACGCUCCGCCUGCUUCGUGUGGGUGGGCGGGAAGGAGGACGGACGGCCCGUGAGCUCCUUCACCCAGAGGGACGUGGAGGAGGGGAGAGUCGGCCUGGAGGUGCUCAAGGACCUCCCGGCUGGGGACAGUGUUCAGGACGACCACUUCGACUUCCUCCUCCGGGCCCACGGGGUCCCACCGGCCGAGGGGACCCUGGCCUUCAGGACUGGCCCUUACAAACCCUCCGCCGUCUACGGGGCCACGGUCAUCAAGCGUCCCUCAUCCGAAACCACGCCGGCCACCCUCACCACCCCGGCCCCGGGCCGGACUUCCGAAAACAAGCCCGUGGUGUCCCGGCCCAGCAACCUGUGGGCCAUCCUCAUCCCCAUCCUGGUGAUCCUGCUCCUGCUCCUGCUGGCCGUCGCCCUGGCCUACUACCUGGUGCGGCGGAACAAGACGGGCAAGCACGACGUCCAGAACGUCGCUGCCAAGCCCAAGAACGGGGAGGUGAAGCAGGAGACCUUCCGCAAGACGGACCCCGCCAACAGCAUCCCCAUGUCCAGCAUGGAGCCCAAAGAACCCGACCCGGAACUGCUGCAGCACUGUCGGACAACCAACCCGCCCCUGAAAAAGAACCAGUACUGGGUCUAAGGACAGGCCCGAGACGGGGUAUGCAGAACCUUUACGAUAACAAGUAUUCGAUUGGAGCUUCUCUGAAUCAUUCCUUUCAGUGUUAUCAUUUUCAGUGACUCUGUGCAAGCAUCCAUUUUAGCUUUGAGAAUUUUAGCAAACAUGCCACAUUCGAUUUGAGUGUUUUGUCUUGGUGGUUACCACAAUCCCUUCUGCUGUGGAGCCACCCUCAGGUAAUUAAACACUGAAAACAUCUAUUAGUUGUGGGUGGAGAUGAAAUCCAAUGAAUAAUCUAAGUGAGAAAUGUUUUUUUCUUCUUUUUUUUUUUUUGUUGUUGCCUAUUUAUUUUUCUAAGAAACCUUGCUGGAUCCUUGGGAUAUUUUUUUUCUUUCUUUUUUUACAGAGCCCAAAUGGUGUUCAAGGACAUGACCGUAAAUAGUGUUUGCUUUGGAAGCAAAAAGGCCAUAGAAACAAAAUGGAUGGUGCAAAAUGAAAAAGAUUCUAUUGCCUAAAAUAAAUGUGCUUUCAUUUAUUUCCAAUAUUAUUCCGACUGAAGUACAUAAAUAGACCAUUUUUGUGUUUCAAGCAUUUACUUUUAUGUUAAAAAUAGAGGGAAGGAUAUGUAUACAGAAAUGGUGCCUUUUGAAACAGAACUAUACUUAAUGAAAGAACAGACAGACUGUGUUUUUCAGUAUUCUUUCUUUAUUUUUAUAAAUGUAGUCUUUGUUUGCUUUGCGGGUCUGCCAAUUCGUUUAAUUAGAUCUAACUCUGCACCCCGCUGAUGAAAUGCUCGUUAGAUUCACUGGACUGGCUGACGGCACUGAAAACCCUACAACAGCAUACAUUAUUGUGCAACCGCACACAGGAAGUGACUCACCAGAGAUCUGUGUUGCACCCAUCCCAUUGGCUGACAGACUAGGUGAUGUCAUUCAGACUUGUGAAUUUUGCCUUUUACAGGUCUAUACUUAGGUCUUGAUAAUGAUUGAGAGAAUUCUGUUUUCUCAUGUCAUGCUGUGCGUCCGGUUCCACAACCUACACCAGCUCCAAAUAUCUUGUGUUAAUCAAAUAUAGAAAAACUUGAAAAUCCGCUCUGGUAAAGAGGAACUAUAAUAAAUAGGAUAAAGGAAUGUGUUUCAGCAUGCUAUUGCUUCUACAGAAACUCUUGAGUAUUUUUAAUACAGAAGACUGUAUAUGGUUAUGGAACGAAGCACAUUUUUUUCAUUCCAGUGGAAUAUUCAUACAGACCUGACCCAGUGAUGUAUAAGCAUGUAUUGUAACGGUUUGCUGUUUUCUGAAAGAAGAUGCAAAAGGAAAAAGUAAUCCUGUUUUUUUAAACCUGAGUAGAUCCUGGUCUAAUUGCAUCGCAGCUGGUUGCUGUACACGUCUGUUCUUGUGAAAAAUGCAUUUCUCUAGUUUUUGCAAUGCCAUAUUUACUCACCUUGGAUACUGUCUGAUCAAGAUACCUGAUAUGAAAUAAAAUGUAUCUGUUUGUGUUGAACAUGAGAAGCUCGCUCGUACUGUUGGACAGUUUGGGAGAUGUCUCAGGAGAUGUCUGAGUUAUACCUUUCAUUAAGCUAAUGGCCGAAGCACCCGUCCUUCCUACUUGCUUAUUUAUUUAGAUUUUAUUAUUUUUACACAUUUCUGUUACUAAAAAAAGAACAAGCCAUAUCCUUGUGUAUUUUAUGUACCAUUUUGAGCUAUAAUUCUUCCCUUCUCUGAUCUCUUUACCUAUGCAUAUCGUAGGUUUGACGCCUCUUGAGUUGGUAACACUGGUGAAGAUUUUCAAAAAGAACUCUUCGAUCCAUUGAAGCACACAAUGAUAUUUGCUGUAAUCUUUGCUGAAGUUCUCAGAUUUCAGGAACUGCUUCUCAUUUCUGCCAGUUUGUCAGCUGCAGGUAUACAGCAUUUCGGUCUGCUUUUGUUAUUGCUUUUUGUCCUUUGAAGUAAGCCAUGGGUUUUGCUGGGAUUGUUGGUUAUUGGAUGUUUUAAAAGGUUAUAGGCGGCCCUGAUGCUUCAAGAAGCAAAUUGUGUAACGAAAGCCCAAUUUUCUGAAAAUAAAAAAAAACACCAAAUAAA